CCCCGAAGCCCGUCAUUAAAGUUCGAAGGACUGACGUGGAAAGGGAGGAAGAUAAGGGGACUCUCCACACACAGGGCGGUGAAAACACACCGUCACUGAUCUUCACUCACGUAGUUUCCCUCGACAUCAGGAGAUUAAACAGACGGAAUGGCACCAAAGUACACAGAUCUAGAACUGGCCAUCAACACCAUAGUAACCCAGUUCCAUGCAGCCUCUCCGAAUGAAGCUUCCACUUUGACAGUUACGGAGUUCCAGGAAAUGCUAUCCAAAGAAAUGCCAUCAGUGACUCCCAAGGAUGAGGAAGGUCUUAACCAGAUGCUGAAGGAGAUGGAUGUGCCAGAGGGUCAGGGAGUCACCUUUGAGAACUUUUGGAAGCUGGUGAAUUCCUUUGCCAACCAUCAGUGUGGGCUGCUGCAGAAAGAAAAAAGUGUUAAAUGCACUUGCUUGCUACUCUGAAAUCCAGUGCAACUGAAUAAUCUAUGCAAAGUGCUCUCAUCAGCCCCUCCCUGUUUGUGUAGGUGCAAUGCUGUCCCAGCAGGCUCUUGUUCAGACUUCCUCUGCCUUAUCUUUAACAUGUUAUCAGAUUCCCUAGACAAAAUCUCAGCCACACCUGUAACCUAAAUGGCUAAACAGUGCCAACAUUGUAAGGGUCAUAUACACAUGAGUUUGUGAACAAUAUGUGAAGAAGCAGCUUUUUAUUUACUAAUAUGCUUUGGUGCUGCAAGUUUAUUGGUUAAACGUUUCUGAUUUAACCUACUCUUCAUGAUAUUUUUGUACAAUGAUGAUAUCUAGAAUAAUAAUUGUGUUGUAUGACACUUUGUUGUUAUUUUUUGACAAGUGUCCCUUUUAUACAUACUAAUACACUUUUGUACCAUGCUAAAAUAUAAAUAAGUAUGUAAAGUAAUAAAAAUAUAUGUUGGCAUCCAGUAAAAUUACAAGAAAAUAUAAUGAAUAUAGCAGCAUUCAGUGAGUGAGUAACUAAUAUGUACUUGCAUGCAGUUCUGGCUUUAACCUCAUUAAGAUUUAUUAAUAUUAUGAUCUCUUUCCUAGUAUCCUCCUAUCUGCCUACUAGGGUGUCUUACUCUAAAGGUACCAGUGCACUGUUAAGAACGUGCCAUGAUAGUGACACCUCAGUGGUUAGUAUGUUUGCACUUACAGCAGGGGUCAGUGUAACGCUUAUGUAGCCUCCAAAGACUCUCUUCCAGUGCAACAGCUUCUCUACGGUACACAGAACUAUAAGUGCAGUCUAUUACCUUCCGCACAUUUACCCAGGAAAACAACAGAGGACUCUUCUUGGCUUGGGUCAGUCAUUUUCCUUAAGCAGUCAGUCCUCUUGAGAGCGCUGCCUCGCCUAAAUCAUUAUCAUUUCAUGCUGUUCAUUCUUACAAUGGCCAUUUUGUCUUUGGUAAUUUAGUAUAUAUUCUUAUUCAGCACAUUGAUUUCUCUUUUAGACCUACUGUAUAUCAUGAAGGACAUAAUGUAGGAGUCUCUUUCUCAGUCUGAAUCUGAGCAAUCAUGACAGACUAAUACAAAACAGAUGUGCUGUGAAAUGUUCAUUCCAAACAAGUCUAUCACUUGACUACAUUUUCAUCAUGACAAGCCAAUGUAAAUAUGAUUAUCUAUGAAAAGACAAGAAUGAAAAAGAGCAUUCAAACAUCUGAAUACAUCACACAUUUAUAAUUAACUAUUACUCAAAUAAAAGGACAAAACAUUUAAAAAUAAUUACUGUAUUUGAUUACAUAUUGUCCAUUAAAUAAACCUGUUCAUGAAUUAUUUUUCAAA